UAAAUUGGCAUUGGGAACAGCAGAGCCAGUGCAUUUUGCUGGAUAUUACGGCUGGAUGCUGAAUCGCCCUCUUUCUCUACCUGUAAUUUUGCAACUUCCUUUUUGUUAAACACCUGAUUGAAUAUUGCAAGUGGGGAAUUAAUUUCGAUCCCUUCUUCUUCGAGUUAUAAAAAUCCUUUUCCCGUAAUGGAACAUUUGAUCCGGCUUUAACUUUGUCCAAUUAUAAGCAGGGAAAUCCAUUGAAGGGACACAAGGACCCUUUUGUAUUGGGAAGUAAAAAACAAGGUCAUUGUCUGCUGUUUUCUUUCUUCAAUUUUCCAUGAGUUUUUUUGUUAGAUGUGUGGAAGGGUAGCAUUUUUAGUAUCGUUAUGAUAAGCAGGAGAUGCUGCGUGCAGCGUUUAUUUACGAUUCACAAUAGUGUUAAUAUUAAUCAUCUGCGGUGCUGGAUUCGUCCUUUAAUGGCCCUUACAUCUACCUUUUCUGUUGGACCCAAAGAUUCCUUUAAGGGCUUUCAGUUUUUAUCUACCUCCAUUGAUCCUCAGGGUGGAAAAUACCCAUUUAACAAUGUCGGGCUUUUGGGCACCUGCUGUUCGUUUAAUGACGCGAAUGUCAGUUGUGCGGGUAACAGUAAUAAGUACAUGAAUGGAUUUCACCCGGCACAGGUUUUUGUUCCACCUCAUCCGCUCUUGCUACAUGAUGAUGUUGAGGAAGCUAGCACUAGUAAGCCUUCUGACACUGACAACAAUUCAUCUCAUAGAGGAAACUCUGCUGGAUUCUUUAACCAGGAUUUACACGACAAAAUCGUUGUAGCUGUCGAUGUUGAUGAAGUCCUUGGGAACUUUGUUUCAGCUCUCAAUGAAUUUAUUGCAGAUCGUUACUCAUCAUACCAUUCGGUGUCCGAGUAUCAUGUAUAUGAAUUCUUCAAGAUAUGGAAGUGCUCAAGAGAUGAAGCUGAUAUCCGAGUCCAUGAAUUCUUCAAGACCUCCUAUUUCAAGACCGGAAUUCGUCCAAUUCCCGGUGCUCAACAGACUCUUCAAAAGUUGUCUAGAUUCUGUAACCUAUCAAUUGUAACGUCCCGGCAAAAUGCCAUCAAAGACCACACAAUUGAGUGGAUUGAGAGACAUUAUCCUGGAUUGUUUCAGGAUAUGCACUUUGGCAAUCACUUUGCGCUGAAUGGCAAGUCUAUAGCCAAAUCAGAUAUUUGCAGGUCCUUGGGAGCAAAUGUUUUGAUUGAUGACAACCCGAGGUAUGCUAUCGAAUGUGCGGAAGUUGGAAUCAAGGUUCUUCUCUUUGAUUAUGAAAAUUCAUACCCAUGGUCCAAAAGUGAGUCACUUAAUGGGCAUCCAAUGGUAAAAAAAGUGCACAACUGGGGAGAAGUGGAGCAUCAAUUAACUUCAUGGAUAGUUCCCAGGAAUUUCUCUCCGAGGUAGAUUCAGGAAAAAAAGAAAACGUAUUGAUUUUUAUUCUAUGUGACUCCAUAUUUUAAAAGUAAUGGUAAACCUGGCGAUCAAAGGGUCAAGCCUCUGCUGUUAAGAAGUUGGUAAACAUGUUGUAUGUUUUAUUCCAUUUUUGCCUUCUCCUCUGUACAGAUAAUAAAAUUCUCGGAGUGUUCGUAAUGA